UGCUCCCAGUGCCCUCCCAGUUUGCUGAGCGUCCCCUGUGCCCCCUCCCAGUUGUCCCAGCACAUGAAGCUGAAGCUCCAGUUCACGGCCAGUUUGGCGCCGGCCCCGCCCGAGCCCCGCCCAGUUUCCCGCAAGAGCAGUCCCAGUUCCCCGGCCGUGAGGGAACUGGUGGCCGGACUGGGACGCUCCCAGUCCUUCUCCCACCAGCAGCCCGCCCGCAGCCACCUCAUGAGGUCUGGCAGCGUGAUGGAGCGCAGGGCCAUCACCCCCCCCGUGGGGUCCCCCGUGGGCCGCCCCCUGUACUUGCCCCCCGACAAGUCCGUGCUGGCCCUGGACAAGAUCGCCAAGAGGGAGUGCAAGGUCCUGGUGGUGGCACCGGUGCAGUGACACCUCGGGGACGUCGGGGACAUUGGGGACAUCGGGGACGUUGGGGACGUCGGGGACGUCAAGGAUGUGCCACCCCCGGGGGUCCCAAACUCGCCCAGGGACCCCCCUGGGGGGCUGAAACUGCUGCUUGGAGGUGCCAAGGGAGGGGACAGAGGGGACAUGGGGGAUGUCCCCAAAUGUCCCCAAGCUU